AUGAGCAGCAUUCUGCAAAGACUUGCAACUCCAUUCACUUGCUGCGCUGGCCGCCGCAAACUAAAGCCAACCAAGCCCUCUAACAGUAAUGGAACCUCUAUUCUCUUCCCUCUUUACAUCUACCCAGAUCCCGGCUGUUGGGAUCGCGUCUUCACAGCGGUCUCUAAACAUCCCGCUCAACAUUUCACCUUCGUCAUAAACCCCAACUCCGGCCCUGGUCCCGAAAAGUUUCCAGACGCAGAAUACACAGACGCGAUUGCUAAACUUAAUGUUUACAAAAAUGUAACAUUGAUAGGAUAUGUGCAUACCACAUAUGGCACCAGGGAUUUAACGCAAGUGAUAUCCGAAGUAGAAAGAUAUGCUGCUUGGGCAGCAUAUCCAGACUUGGAUAUCCAUGUUGACGGAAUAUUUGUUGAUGAAGCGCCUGGUGAGCUUGGGGAAGGGAAGAUAAAUCUGGGAUAUCUGAGGACAUUACAUGCGCAUACAAAGCGAGCAUUUCAGGAAAUGGGAUUACAGGGCUAUCUUGUGACAAAUCCAGGGAAGAUUGUCCCGAAAGCUCUUUACGACUAUGCGGAUAAUGUUGUAUCGUAUGAAGCAUCGUUCAAGACGAUGAUAUUCCCAGAUACAUUGUUUACUUCUUCGGAUAAACAGAUGAGUGCCGGUACGAAGAUUGACAGGCAGACUGUCUUAAUCCACAGUUUUGAUGGGGGCAGUAGGAAACAAGGGGAAUUGGUUCAGAUGUUAGUCAAGAAAGGGAUCGGCGAGGUUUAUGUGACUACCUGUGAUCCUGGCAAGGGUGAAGGAGAUUAUAGCCGGUAUUCUGAACAUUGGGAGGACUUUGUAGCUGAAAUGGAGAAGGCUAAUAAGGCCGCUUUACAGCAUGAUUAG